UUCUUCCUCCUCCUAACUGGGCUAUGGAGUAGAAAGAAGAAAGAAGGUUUUCCACCAAGUGACAGUCACAGUGCAGUAACCUUCCCCCCUCCUCCUCCUCUUCCUCCUCCUCUCCACACCUGCAAACUUUUUUUCCCCUGCCUGGGUUGAAUAUUUAGUGUAAUUACAUCUCAGCUUUUGAGGGCUCCUGUGACAAAGCCCUGGAUGAAAAGGUAUGGUUUUCAGUUCUCUGCUCCUGAAAAAUCAAUGAAAUAAACCAUGAAAUCUACUAUCAUCUUCCUCCUUCUUGUACCAGUUUGCUGGGCCAAACCAUUUCAAACGGGCUUAUUUGACUUUAUGCUCGAGGAUGAGGCCUCUGGAGUAGGUCCCACCGACCGCAUUUUUGAGCUAGAACCAUUGGGGCCAGUCUGCCCUUUCCGUUGCCAGUGCCACCUUCGAGUUGUUCAGUGUUCUGAUUUGGGCCUGGAAUCAGUGCCAAAAGAUCUCCCUCCAGACACAACCCUGCUGGAUUUACAGAACAACAAAAUUGCUGAAAUAAAAGAUGGAGAUUUUAAGAACCUGAAGGAUCUCCAUGCUUUAAUUCUGGUUAACAACAAAAUCAGCAAAAUCAGCCCUGGGGCCUUUUCUCCUCUGGGAAAACUGGAGAGACUGUACCUGUCCAAGAAUCAGCUGAAGGAACUGCCAGUCAACAUGCCCAAGAGCCUUCAGGAACUGCGGGCCCAUGAGAAUGAGAUCACCAAACUGAAGCCUGCUGUCUUCAACGGACUCAAUCAGAUGAUCGUCAUAGAGCUGGGCACCAACCCCCUCAAGAGCACAGGAAUAGAUCCUGGGACCUUUAGUGGACUGAAGAAACUCUCCUAUAUCAGAAUUUCAGACACUAAUAUAACUUCUGUCCCUCGAGGUCUUCCAGCUUCUCUCACUGAACUCCAUCUUGAUGGCAACAAAAUCACGAAAGUCGAGGCAGCCAGCCUAAAAGGACUCAACAGCUUGACUAAAUUGGGUCUUAGUUUCAACAGCAUUUCUGCGAUGGACAAUGGAUCUCUGGCCAACACACCCCGCCUGAGAGAGCUUCACUUGGACAACAACAAGCUCCUGAAAGUGCCUGGAGGCCUGGCGGAGCAUAAAUAUAUUCAGGUGGUCUACCUCCACAACAACAACAUUUCCAAUGUGGGAUCCAAUGACUUCUGCCCCCCAGGCUACAACACCAAAAAAGCUUCUUACUCAGGCGUAAGCCUCUUCAGCAACCCAGUACGGUACUGGGAGAUCCAGCCCUCGACUUUCCGAUGCGUCUACGAACGUUCUGCCAUCCAGCUGGGGAACUAUAAAUAGAUCUAGAGAGAGAAUGUAAGCGAAAGAGGGGGUUUGGUUGUGUAACAGCUACAAAUGAUGUGGCGAAGGCCUGUUAGUGUAAAGCUAGAUACUGGAAAUCUAACUGUCAAGCAGACUUUCCCUUUACAAUUAGUUCACUAUGCAUUUAGACCAAAUAUGCAGUUGAAAUAAUUGCCUACCAUGAUUUAAAAAAUAAUAAUAUUUUGCCUGCAAUUUUCAGCCUAUUUUCUGAAACAUCUUUCAAGUGUCUCCCAAUUUUCACAAAUUGUUGUAUAUGAGAUUUAAAGUAGACAUUUGUCUAACAUUUGAUCAUUAAACUUUAACUUUUGAAAUCUUGACAAUGGAUCAAGUUUAAAAGGGAACUUUUUUUUUUCUUUUUUGCUAAUUACUGAAGCAAUCGUUGUCUUUGGCUUUAAUUCAAACCCUGGAGGUUUACUAAUUCAUAUCCACUAUCAUCUUGUAAGCAUCAUGUUGAAUGUAUCUAUUUACGCAGGCUAUGUAAAAAGCGCUAUCAUCAUUGUUUUGGCAAAAAAAAUACUCAUAAUGUAUUCAUAUUUACAUUUUUAAAAAGUGUUGGUUUACAAACCUUCCCUGAACAGAAUCUUUUAAAGAAAGCACAACUCACUUUGGCUACCAAAAUAAUAAAUCAUUUCAAGUUCCAGGCA